GGGGCAUAACAUUAAAUUAUGUGACUCUUCAUGCCUUAUCUUUAAUAAUUCAAUCAACAAUAUCCAAUCUUCUACUCAACCCACUCAUAACUAAAAACAGACUCGAUAUCAUUGCUACUACCUAAGGGGAACCCGCGAUCAUGGCGGACCUAGUAGAAAGUACUGCUAAGCUCCAACUUGACGAAGAGACGGGAGAGAUGGUAUCCAAGGCCGAGUUGAAGAAGCGACAGAAAAAACGCGAAAAAGCCAAGGCGAAAGAGGCCGCAAGAAGCGAAGUGAAGAACGAAGAGAAAUCCAAACCUGCCCCGAAACCGAAAGCGACGACCGAUGAACCAGUAAUUGAUCCCAAUAAUAUGUUUAAGACGGGCUUUCUAGAUGAAGUAUUCAAGAUUCGACCUAUGAAACCCGUCUUCACCCGUUUCCCCCCUGAGCCGAACGGUUUCCUUCAUAUAGGACACGCGAAAGCUAUCGCAGUCAACUUCGGAUUUGCUAGAUACCACGGAGGCGAAUGUUAUCUUCGCUACGAUGAUACAAAUCCCGAAGCUGAAGAACAGGUAUACUUCGAUGCUAUACUCGAGAUGGUAGAGUGGCUUGGCUUUAAACCUUACAAGAUCACCUAUUCUUCCGAUAACUUCCAAAAGCUAUAUGAUCUCGCCGAAAAGUUGAUAGGACUCGAGAAGGCAUAUGUUUGCCAUUGUAGCGAUACUGAAAUCAAACUUCAACGAGGAGGCGAGAAAGGUACCGCCGGUCCACGAUAUCGAUGCAAACAUGCUGAACAAUCGGCCGAGGAGAAUCUCCAGGAAUUCAGGGAUAUGAGAGAUGGGAAAUAUAAACCUCAGGAAGCUUUCCUUAGGAUGAAGCAAGAACCUAGCAUCACGGAUGGCAAUCCACAAAUGUGGGAUCUCGCGGCUUACAGAGUCCUUGAUAAACCACAUUAUCGUACCGGCGACAAGUGGAAGAUUUAUCCAACGUACGAUUUCACACACUGUCUUUGCGACUCAUUUGAGGGCAUCACGCAUUCUCUAUGCACAACAGAAUUCGUUCAAAGUCGAGUCAGCUACGAAUGGCUAAACAAUACACUCGGUGUUUACGAGCCGAUGCAACGGGAAUAUGGACGGUUAUCGAUCACUGGCACAAUCCUUUCCAAGCGAAAAAUCCUAAAACUUGUGGAAGAGAAGAUUGUACGAGGAUGGAAUGACCCCCGCCUUUAUACGUUGAUCGGAAUUAAGCGUAGAGGUGUUCCGCCCGGUGCUAUCCUAGAAUUCGUCAAUGAGCUUGGUGUAACAACAGCCAAUUCUGUGAUUGAGAUCAAACGAUUCGACCAGGCUAUCCGUAAAUACCUAGAACGAACAGUCCCGCGAUUAAUGCUUAUCCUGGACCCCAUCCCUGUGGUCAUUGAAGAUGGCGAGGAACUUGACGGCCAAGCUCUCACACUUCCAUUUAGUCCAAAGGAUCCUAAGAUGGGCUCACAUGACGUAAAAUUCACCAAGACCGUUUACAUUGAUCGUUCAGACUUUAGGGAAGAAGCAGAUCCAUCAUUCUUCCGCUUGGCUCCUGGAAAGACCGUUGGACUCCUUCAAGUUCCCUAUCCCAUCAAAGCAGUAUCGUUCACCAAAGAUGAGUCAACCGGUAAGGUAACCGAAAUACGAGCUGUGUUUGAUAAGGAAACGAAAAAGCCGAAGGCAUACAUCCAAUGGGUGUCGACAGAGGCAGCUGGUACUCGAAAGGCGGAGGUUCGAAUUUACAACUCAUUAUUCAAGUCCGACAAUCCCAAUGAUGCUCCAGGAGGUUUCUUAAAUGAUGUCAAUCCUGAGAGCGAGGUCAUCUAUCCAAACGCGUUAGUCGAAUCUGGAUUUGACGAGGUCAAGAGAAGAGCACCAUGGCCAGAAGCUGCAGGUGAGAGUGAGCUUGGAAAAGGAGGACCCGAGAGUGUUCGUUUCCAAGCAAUGCGAAUCGCCUAUUUCGCGCUAGACUCAGAUUCCACAGAUGAUCACAUCAUUCUAAACAGAAUAGUGGCACUAAAGGAAGAUGCAGGAAAAAGUUGAGAUGUUUAAGAUUGAAUUGGUUGAAGCCAGGAGGAAUACUUCAGUUUCUAGUCCGAGCUGGAAAGAUGUGAAUAUCGUUCGAUAGCUUGCUAUGUUCAAUAGCUACUCGCUCCUAGAUGCCAACAUGGAUCUAGAUUUCGCUACCAUAUUUUGAUAAUAGGUAGAUUGAAGGAAAUUAUAGAAUAUAUUCCUCCGACAAAUCACCAAA